AUGAGAGGACUGGCCCUCGUAUUUGCGGUUGUUGCAGUUUUGCUCGGCUUCCCGGGAUGCUUGAUUCGUAGCACUGCAGAAGUCACUCGUAUCCAUCUCGUCGACGGGAGAGGCUCGGCUGAGCAUUUACGUGAGCUUAAGAAAAUCUCGGUUCGGAUUUCGACAACCGCUUCAAGGCAAGGUCUUUUGGAAAUCUCACCGUGUAUGUACACGGAAAGGGGAAGUUGUUUUACGAGUAAGAUGGGAGUCACGUUAAAAUGCGUGUUGCCAUACCAGAAAUACCUGAAGCACGACCUUUCCUUUUUCUUCAAUACUGAUUCAGGUUUUGAUGUUAAAAGCGAUCUGUUUUCGCGUCCACGAGCCAUCGCAGUCGUUCGUAUUGACGGAAUAGACUCUUUAUACAGCAAAAGUCACCCAACCUAUCAACUUGAGAAUGACAAAUUCGACCCAUCUUCUCUUGACGAGGAGCUGGCGAAUUUAUUUGGAGUUGAUCGCGAGACUGUUAAUGUAAACCGUGAUGGUAGCAGUGGAUCUGAAAUCGCAAAGAUCGCCGCCAAGCAAGAGAUCAAAGACGAAAUAAUCAAGACGAAACUGCCACUUUUGCGUCAAGAACUUGAACAUGUUCAUCGCCUGGCUGCCGCUAUUGCUUCCCAAGGUCCAAAAUUCGAUAAAUCUAAUGCGGCUGAUAUCUACCGAGUGACGAUAAGUGGUUUGGCUGAAAAAACACUUACUGCCGAGGAUCGUGAGGUUGCAGUAAAGGACGUGCAGAACGCAGUCAACAAGCUCACGCAAGCAUUGAAAACCGCAUACUGA